AUGAUCGCAGAGUCUGAUUUACAAAUGCCGUUGCCAGUCUCACUUUGCCGGUAUCUGAUUUCUGCAAGGAAAAAAAAAAUUGAAAACCAUGGAGAAGAUCUUUCGUUCUUCUUCUUUGAUUCUACUUGUUUGCCUCGUUCUUCUUCUGAUCUUGAAUUUCUACGGAUCCGUCCAGCUCGUCGAAGCAGGACAGCGACGGAUCGAGAUCCCCGACGAUCUGGACGACGUCGAAGACAAUGAAGAAGACGAAUCAUGGAAGGAUUGGGGGAAGAAAGCACCGAUGCCGGAAUUCGAUCCGCCUCCGGAUUUCUCCAAUAUGGGAUUCGAACAGAUCCAAGCGGAAAUGGCUAAACGGACUUUUGGGCCGGUCGUCGGAUUCGUGAAGCUCCGGUUGGGCGUCUCCCGGACAAAGGAUAUGGUGGUGGAAAUUGCUAUGAAAUGGACAAAAGUUCUGAGAACAGGAGGGAUAGGAGUAAGAUUCAUGGCCGUAGAUCGAAGCACGGUGAUGUUCAAUAUGCAAAAUGGCAAGGAAGUGAAUGAGGUAAACUCAAAAGUUGUAAAACCCACAGCUAAGGGAGUUCGUGCUGAGCCAGGAAGAGGCUUACGAGGUUAAGAUAGGGAAACAAGAGUUUCGAAGACCUGGAGAUCCUCCACUUGAAGAUGUCGUUGACAAACUUCAAGCCGAGAAAAGCAAGGAUGAUGAAGAUGGCGAUAGUAACAAGGAUGAAUUAUAAUAGGUGAUAUAGCCACUCUUUAGCUGAAUCUUAGCUACAAUUCCUUUGACAUGUUUGGUCCG